AUGACCUACAUCGUGCGCGGUCUCACGUUGGAAGAGAUCUACGACCUGUCACGCAGCUGCCGCCACUUUCAAUACCUUAUCCGCGAGGAGAAUCUCUGCAAGAUGCUCCUGCGAGACAAAGCCGCGUAUUCGGUGGAGGCUGAGGACGCGCUGCAGACCGGAGAGUACGCUAGAGGCUUCAGAAGGCUGGUCAAGCGGCGCAGAGCAACAGCUUCAGCUACCCCGUAUGUAGCCGCAGUCGUUGCGGUUGCGGACUCCUUCGCCUUUUACAAUGGCUGGCUGUGCUAUCUUGUUGAGGAUCGUGCGAAUGCGAGAAGGGAUCUGCGGAUCCUCGACGUACAGAAGGCAACAAAUCACGAGCUUGUGGUGGAUGUGCCGACGCUGGUGUCGCUUGCAGUUCCGGAAUCGGCAGGUUGUCGAAAAUACACUUUUCGAGUCCUGUACCAUGCUGCAGGGAUUACGUCCUGCUUGUAUUCGUUUGCGAGACCCAACACCCAGCACUGGCUUUUGAUUUUCAAUGCAGAGAGGCAACAGUUGUUGGGGGCUGUUCAGCUGGAGUCUGCAAUGAGACUCUUUGUACGCAACAACCGAGAUCACCUCAUCUUCGGAACCCAUUCCGAGCGCCAAGCCAACGGCAUCAGGAAGUGGGCACUUCGUCACUUCGACCUUCGAACAGGCCAAUUGGCUACUGAGAGUAUGCAUUUAACUAAUGUGGUUGGUUACGAAAUCGGAUCUACAGUCUGCUUCGAGAUCAUCGGUGAUCAUUUCUACGGUUGUUCGAACUCCACUGCGUUCGAACUCGAGGAGAUCGAUUGGACCUCGUACUACUACUGUUUUCGUUUUGCAGUCGACGACUUUGACCCCGAGAGGACUCAAAUAAUGAAGAAGCGAGAUGCAUGGCGACGCCAGCAUGCUGAAGGACCAAUUGAUGACCGGUGGACCUUUCUCAAUUUCGAACAAGACGAACAGACCGGAAGCGUCAGGAUCAUAGAGAGCCGCAAAGAAUGGCUCAAUGGUCGCAGUGGAAGUAAAAGAACUUACUAUAUUACCAACGCUCACUUUCCAGACGGGGGCAGUACGGAUGGAGACGGUGCCGACGACAAUGACCCGCUUCCGAAUGAACCAAUAGCUCGUCUACUCACAAGCAGCAACCAGCCUAACUACAUGGUUGCACCACAGCGUGACGCUCAUGCGUUUCACCGGGGCGAUGAUGGAUCAAUGAUGUUCAGCAAAGGCAAAACCUACUUAUCGACAUACCACCAUGUAUGUAGUACAUAUCUUGACCUUGUCGACGAUCCCUUGCCUGGCGACGUAUGCACGCAACGCUUGCGUAUACGGACUGGGACCAGGGUGUUUAGCAACGUAUCAAGCGUUGCUGCGACACCGCAAAACGGCCCCAGCGGAGACUACUGGGUUGGAAAUCCUUAUAUUGAGGAGUCUGAAAGAAACACCAUACAUUUCUGGCCGCCUGAAGCAUGUUGCGAAAAUUCCAGCGAUCACGACGAUAAACUCCAGCGACUGGACCAGGUCAUGAACCCCCGGGGACUGACCGGGAUGUUGCAGGUUGCCCCCGUUCCGAAGAAAAAGAAAGUGACCAUGCAGCAGAGAGUUGCCAUCAGGGGCGCCAUGAGAAACAGGACAGUGCUGCAUCUCCUGCAAUCUCGGGCGUUCCAUCUUCCCCUUGGCAAGAUUAUCCAGUGGACACGUUACCUGCUCCGAAAAUGGGGCCAUCUUGGGCUACCCUACAAGACGCUAUGCAUCUUAGUUUCUCUCGGAAACUGGGUUUUGCGUUCAAUAGAAACGACGGUUCCAGGACCAACUCCCAGUAUUCGAGUUAGCAACUUGCCCCUCCUCAUUUCGAUACCAGAGUCCGAGAUGCCACCUGAUCGAGGCCACAGAUCACCAUUGCAUACUUCACUACCCGUGGGGGCAAGACCACAGGAGGGAACAGGAGUGUCAAUGCUGCACGUGGAGCGCAUGGGACUCGGCGAUGUGCAAUAG